AUGUCUGGAGAAUUCACCGACACUAAUUACGAAGGCUCAGUGGGGAUAGUUUAUGCUGCAAGUCUCAACUUCAGCGCUAUUUUCAACACCACCAACCGCUCCUCCGGCGACCACCUGUCAGACUUGGAUAAACCAGAUAUUGUGGGAGAUGGCGCUGCUGUUGUGAGGAUUAUCAUCUCUGUGAUUUACUCGCUGGUUUGCGCGCUGGGUCUGGUUGGGAACCUGUUGGUCCUGUACCUGAUGAAGUCCAAGCAAGUGUGGAAAAAAUCCUCCAUCAACCUUUUCGUGACUAGUUUGGCCGUGACUGACUUCCAGUUCGUGCUGACUCUGCCGUUCUGGGCGGUGGAGAACGCGCUGGACUUCACGUGGCUUUUUGGCAAAGCAAUGUGCAAGAUAGUCUCCUAUGUGACGGCCAUGAACAUGUACGCCAGCGUGUUUUUCCUCACUGCCAUGAGCGUGGCCAGGUACUGGUCGCUCGCCUCCGCGCUCAAAGGCAGGCGGCGGCGGACGCGCUGCUGCUCCGCGCGGUGCAUCACCGUUUUCAUCUGGGUCGCCGCUGUCUCCGCCGCUCUGCCGCACGCGGUUUUCUCCACUACCGUGACCGUCUCCAAUGAGGACUUGUGUCUUGUUAGAUUCCCGGAAACUAACGGAACCGCGCAGUUUUGGCUGGGACUCUAUCACUCCCAGAAAGUGCUGCUGGGUUUUGUGGUGCCGCUGGCCAUCAUCUCGGCCUGCUAUCUGCUCCUUUUGCGCUUCAUCACCUCCGAAAACAUCAACUUAUCGAGCGCCAAACGACGCGCCAAAGUCACCAAGUCUGUCACCAUCGUGGUCUUAUCCUUUUUCCUCUGCUGGCUGCCCAACCAGGCACUGACAGCCUGGGGCAUCCUCAUCAAACUCAACGUGGUUCAUUUCACUUAUGAGUACUACACCACGCAGGUGUACGUGUUCCCCGUGUCCGUGUGCCUGGCGCACUCCAACAGCUGCCUGAACCCCGUCCUGUACUGCCUGAUGAGGCGCGAGUUCAGGAAAGCGCUGAAAAAGCUCUUCUGGAGGAUGACUUCGCCCACCAUAAGGCCGAUCACAGCCACCACAAAGCAGGAGAUGAACGAGCAAGAGCGCGUCCUGGUGCCGGUCAGCCAGCCCGUGGAGCCCACUGUGUUGUUCUAUCCUCCGGGGGCUGUUAUGUACAAUGACAGGCGGGAUCUGCCGCAAAACAGCACUUCGUGUUAA